AUGCCAGAAGAUUUUAUUUUACACUUAGACGAAGAAAAAACCAUGAGCACAUUUUCGUUUUUAAAUGCUAGCAACAUUUCGCAGGCUGACUCCCUCGAGGACAGCGGCAAUUGGACGGGGGUAACCCAGUUUACCCAGCCAGGAUGGCAAAUUGCUUUGUGGGCUGUCACCUAUUCCUUCAUCGUUAUCACAUCCAUCGCUGGCAACAUCACCAUCAUCUGGAUUAUUCUUGCACACAGGAGAAUGAGGACUGCUACCAAUUACUUCAUCGUUAAUUUGGCUCUUUCGGAUUUGCUGAUGUCCGCUUUCAAUACCAUCUUCAAUUUUAUUUACGCUAGUCACAACGUCUGGUACUUUGGCGAGGAAUUCUGCAGGUUUCAGAACUGGUUCCCCAUCACCGCAAUGUUUGUGAGCAUUUACUCCAUGACAGCCGUGGCUGCAGAAAGGUACGUGGCAAUAAUACAUCCCUUCAGGCCCAGGCUCUCUGCUGGAAACACAAGAGUCAUCAUAGGGGUCAUCUGGCUGGUGGCAUUUGGGCUGGCCUUCCCACAGUGCUUCUAUGCCGAGAUCAUGACAGACAAUGGAACGACGAAAUGCAUCGUCGUCUGGCCCGAUGACGUCGGAUCCAAGCACCAGCUCACGUACCACAUCGCAGUGAUCGUGUUGAUUUAUUUACUGCCUUUAAUGGUGAUGUUUGUCACAUACAGCAUUAUAGGAAUUACUCUGUGGAGCAGUGCGGUUCCAGGCAACCACCUUAACAGAGUCCGCUACGAACACCAAGUUAAUGCCAAAAAAAAGUUUGUGAAGACCAUGGUGGUAGUUGUGAUCAUUUUUGCUGUCUGCUGGCUGCCCUAUCACAUAUACUUCAUACUGGGGAGCUUCAAGGAAGACAUCUACCAGCAGAAGUACAUUCAGCAGGUUUAUCUUGCAAUCUUUCUGCUUGCCAUGAGUUCAACGAUGUACAACCCCAUCAUAUACUGCUGUCUUAACCAAAGGUUUCGUUCUGGCUUCAAACUAGCCUUCCGGUGGUGCCCAUGCAUACAAGCAACUGAGAAAGACAAACUUAAACUUACAUCCCCAUCUCUUUACCAGACAACCCACAGGAAGUCAAGAACGAGUUUCAACACAGAAAGUCAACUGAAUGAGAAAGAGAAGACAUCAUUUACCCUCACCCAGCUAACGCUUUAA